GUGGAUUGGCGUUUCCGCGCCCCCUCCCACUCCCGCACCUGCUGCGGAGGUGGUGGUGCUGGGGCCACAGGUGUUCGCUAUUUCUGCGGACUCUGGGAUGGAGAACGCGCAGGCUGCAGACGGGCCGGCGCUGUCCCUCCAGGCGCUCUUGCACCUCUCCUCGCUGACAGUCGCCGACGAGGGCACCCCCGAGAAGCCCGCCAAGGUAGUCAAGGACAGCGCACAGGAACAGGCUAAUAAUGUCUUCCAGCGGAUCAUGCUGAACAACAUCCCCGACAAGCCGCGGCAGGCGCUCUUCCCUGGACUGGCGCCUCUGACCCCCGAGGAGAAGGCGGUAUCCGACAAGAACGCUGCGUUCUACAAGGAAGGCAGCAUUGCCUAUGUAUCUCAGUACCUGGCAAGUGCCCAGGAAGUAGACGCCGACACCAAGUCACAUAUCAACAACGAUCGCGUGAAGCUGUUCUGGGACGCGGUCGGGUCGUUCGGCGCCCCCGACCCGAAUAAGGAUCCCGUGAAGCAGUACGGCUGGGACCGUAACUCGGAAGCGUUCAAGAACAUCCAAGGCGCGUUUGUCAACCAGAACCUGGACACGUACAAGAUCGGAUACAAGCAGGGCGUCCCCGCGUUCCGUCCCUACCUAGACGAUCCAAAGAAAUGGCACGACGAGCUCGCGGCGUACCUCAGCGACGGGAAGUUCCUGGCACGCUGGGCAUACAGGAACUCCGUGCCGGGGUACACGGACGGGCACCGCCAGGUGUACGAGUGGCAGACACAGCUGAGCAUCCUGCAGCGCGAGGCCGAGGCGCGCGGGCUCACAGUCCAGCGGCAGACCCAGGACGUUGCGAAUAGUCUCACCACGGCGAUAUUGCUCCCCAAAUUCGACGAGGUGAAUUGGACGGAUGAUAUGAAGCAGCAGUAUGAGCUGCAAGUUAAGUCGAUCAUGGCGUAUUCAGACAAGGAGCUGGAAGAGAUCAAGAAGCGCAACGCUGAGGAGUACGCGCGCAUCAUGGCGAUCAAAGUCGGCGUCCAGGUUCACGGGACCGUCGACCACUUUGUCAUGGCCGCGGAUCAGGCACUCCGCGGAAUCGAGAAGAUAUACCUCGACAAGUGGAACAAGUCGCUCACGGCCGGGGACUUGCUCCAAAUCCAGGAGAAAUAUCGCGAUGCAUUCAUCGUUGCGGGCGAGAACGUGCAGUCGGAGCAGUUCAUUCAAAUCGUGGGCGAAGGAUACGUCAAAGAGGUCGCUGAAAGUCUUUCCCCUCACGCCAGCAAGUGGAAAACAUGGGCCGCCAAAGCGAAGGAAUGGGGGAGUUCGAUCAAGGCUGCUGCGAAGCCAUUGCUCUACGCUGCGGGCGUCGGUGUCGUGAUAUACGCGCUCUGUGGCGGUGUGAUGCCGCUCACCCCGGUUGAGAUUGUCAGCCUCACGGGCAUUGCCAUUGCUCUGUCAAUUCAAACACUCAGCUCCUUCGCUGUCACCCAGCUUGGAGCAUGGGUCUCGAAGAAGAUUCUGAACCCGACCGCGGUCGGGACGAUAUUAGGGCAGUGGUUCACGCAGAAGGGUGUCUCCGUGGUGGACAAGAGUUCUAAGCUGGCAAAGAUCUUCACUCCUAGUUCGGCUGAAUUCCUUGUCAAACGACUCGGCCCGCUAAUGGCUCUCGUCGCUGUUGGCACGUCCAUAUACAAUCUCGUGCAGGCAAUCAACCAUGGCACGACCUCCGACAUUGUAUACAACAGUAUCUUUUUGGGUCUCGCGAUCAUCGAGACCGCUGUUGUGGCCAUCGGUUUGUUUGCCUCGCACACUGCAAUCGCAGCUUUCUGCGGUCCCAUCGGUAUAGCUGUCGCUGCUAUCGGUUUCAUUGUGGCAAUUAUCAGUCUAUUCGUACACGAUAAGCCAGUCGCGCCGAAUCCCGCCAAGGACUUCGUGAACGGAGUUUGCAAGGACGCUGGGUUUUUCAAGUGAGAUGUGGAUAUACAUGUGAUCGUAUCAUUUUGUUCUUCCCUGUAUUUCUGGCUAGCCGCUGGUGAAAGAGCUUCUCUGGUAGCAUAUGAACCAAGGAACACCCACCAGAAUUGAAAUUUGCCCUAUG